AUGAGCCCGUGGGUGCGGGCCCCGUGGCUGCCCUGGGCGCUGCUCCUCAUCCACCACCCAGGCUGUUUGUCCCUGAGGGGCCCCGGCUCCGUGCAUGGCACCGUCGGGGAGUCGCUGAGCGUGUGGUGCAGGUACAAACAGGAACACAAAAACAACAGCAAAUACUGGUGCAAAGCUCCAUGUGUCACACGACGUAGUGUGGUUGUGGAGACGUCAGAGACACAGCGGGAAGCAAGAAGGGGCCGCGUGACCAUCAGGGACGACCCAGCAAACCUCACCUUCACUGUGACCUUGGAGAACCUCACGGAAGCCGACUCGGGCACGUACUGGUGUGGGGUCUCACGGCCUAUAUACAUAUGGGAUACCAGAGCCCAGGUGGUGGUGUCCGUGUCCCCAGAGUCAUAUCAACUCCUGGAAAACCUCACAGAAGCCUACACGGGCACGUACCGGUUCCUGCUCGGCUACGCCCCCUUCCUGCUCCUCAUCCUUCUGAAGGUGCCCCUGCUGCUGGGCGUGCUGGGGGCUGUCCUCUGGGGGAGACGGCGCCCAAGGGGCCUUCAGGGAUCCACCCCCGGCAGCCUGGCCUAG